AUGAAGAACCUGCACCGCCAGAAGCUGAGCCCGCGGUUUGUGGGGCCGUUGAAAGUCCUGAGGAGAGUCAAUGAGGUGACGCCGGUGGCAGCUGGUCCCUUGGCUAGUGCUGGACCCCACGACGCACCUCCCCCUCCCUUGGCCAUCGAGGGGGCCCCGGCGUACUCUGUCCGCAGCCUGUUGGACUCACAACAUCGUGGGGGGUCUCUCCAGUACCUGGUCGACUGGGAGGGGUACCUGGACCGUUCUCUCAUUCGCGACUUCCACAGGCAUCGUCCCGGGACCAAGGCAGGACAACCUCCUACACCCACAUGCAGACCAGGCUUCUCUGAGAGCUUCUACACUGUGUUUGUCUCGAGGGAUCUACUGCAAGGCCAGAGCAUUCUCAAAGACACCAGCCUAUCGAGUGAACGUGUGAAGUUUGAGGACUGCCAGCACAGUAAAGCGGGGGGCUUCGAGAGCAGUGACCCUAACUUCAGUGUGCGCCCUGACGGCUCGGUGUACGCGGAGCAGGAGGUGGGCAACCUGUCAGAACCGAUCCAGUUCAUGGUGACCGCCCGCGGAGGUCAUGACCCUCACAUCUGGGAGACCACGGUCAAGCUGGCCUUGGUUGGACACCAGCCCUCUGUCCCUGUGAGUCAGGUAAACAUAUAUACACUGCUAUCAUUUACACUGCAUUAUCACUACUCUAAUCCCAGGGUUAUCAAGUUUCCACAGAAACAUCAAAAAAGCUCCUCUGCCAAUGGACUGAGACGACAGAAGCGGGACUGGGUCAUCCCACCAAUCAAUGUGCCUGAAAACUCCAGAGGACCCUUCCCACAAAUGCUUGUCAGAAUCCGCUCGGACCAGGACCUGGAGAAAGGGAUACGCUACAGCAUCACUGGAGCAGGGGCGGACCAGCCUCCCAUUGAUGUGUACAACAUCGACCCUGUGCACGGCAAGAUGUUUGUCACCAGACCCCUGGACAGAGAGGAGAGGGCCUCCUACCAUCUGCGGGCCCAUGCUGUGGACAUGAAUGGGAACAAGGUGGAAAGCCCCAUAGACCUAUACAUCUACGUCAUCGACAUGAAUGACAACCGGCCAGAGUUCCAGAACCAGGUCUACAAUGGCUCUGUGGCUGAAGGCUCAAAGCCAGGCACGUUGGUGAUGCAAGUGACAGCCAACGACUCAGAUGACGACACCACAGCCAAUGGGAUGGUGCGCUACCGGAUCCUGUCCCAGACCCCCCACAUGCCCAUCCCCAACAUGUUCACCAUCAACAGUGAGACGGGAGACAUCUUCACCAUGGCUGCUGGCCUGGAUAGGGAGAAAGUGUCCCAGUACAUCAUCAUCGUCCAGGCCACGGACAUGGAGGGGAACCUGAACUUUGGCCUGUCCAACACGGCCACCGCCCUCAUCUCUGUGACCGACAUCAACGACAACCCUCCCGAGCUGACCGCCAGGACGUUUUCGGGGGAGGUCCCAGAGAACAGUGUGAAUGUGGUGGUGGCCAACCUGACAGUGAUUGACAGGGAUCAGCCCCACAGCCAUAACUGGGCUGCCCAGUACCGCAUCGCCAGCGGAGACCCCCAGGGUCACUUUCUCAUCCGCACCAACCCUGUCAACAACGACGGCAUGGUCACUGUGGUCAAGCCGGUGGACUAUGAGCAGAACAGGGCCUUCAUGCUGACUGUGAUAGUCUCUAACAAGGCCCCCCUGGCCAGUGGGAUCCAGUCUUCUCUCCAGUCUUCAGCGGGGGUCACCAUCUCCGUACAGGACGUCAAUGAAUCCCCUGUCUUCCCCACCAACCCCAAGUCCAUCCGUUUUGAGGAGGGUGUCCCUGCAGGCACCACACUCACCGUGUUUGCUGCCCAAGACCCUGACCUCUUCAUCCAGCAAACUGUCAGGUACUCCAAGCUGUCUGACCCCUCUAACUGGCUGAGGAUCAACAGGACCAAUGGUCAGAUCACCACCAUGGCUGUGCUGGACAGGGAGUCUAUGUACGUCAGGAACAACAUCUAUGAGGCCACCUUCCUGGCUGCCGACAAUGGUUCUCCCCCGGCCAGUGGAACAGGUACUCUGCAGAUCCAUCUGAUAGAUGUGAAUGAUAAUGCUCCGGUGAUGAUGCCCAAGGAGGCCCAGUUGUGUGAACGCGCCAAUCCCCGCUCCAAGGUCAACAUCACAGCCUCCGAUGCCGACGCUGACCCCCAUGUGGGACCCUUUGUGUUCGAGCUGCCCUCCUACCCCUCCAGCGUCCGACGCAACUGGACCAUCUCCCGGAUCAGCGGUGACUAUGCCCAGUUGAGACUGAGGAUUCCCUACCUGGAUGCAGAGGUGUAUGAUGUUCCCAUCAUCGUGUCGGACUCCGGUAACCCGCCCCUCUCUAACAGGUCCAUUAUAAAGGUCAAGGUGUGUCCGUGUGAUGACAACGGAGACUGUACUACCACCGGAGCUGUGGCUGCCUCCGGACUGGGGACCGGAGCCAUCAUAGCCAUACUCAUCUGUAUCAUCAUACUGCUUAUCCUGGUGCUAGUGUUUGUGAUGUGGAUGAAGCGCAGGGAGAAGGAGCGUCAGGCCAAGCCCCUGCUGAUCGACCCAGAGGACGACGUCAGAGACAACAUUCUGAAGUACGACGAGGAGGGAGGAGGAGAGGAGGACCAGGACUAUGACUUGAGCCAGCUGCAGCAGCCUGAGUCUGUGGAGCACAUAAUCAGUAAACCAGUGGGGGUGCGCAGGGUGGACGAGAGGCCCAUCAUCGCUGAGUCCCAGUACCCCGUCAGACCCAGCCUGCCCCACCCUGGAGACAUCGGAGACUUCAUAAACGACGGUCUGAGGGCGGCGGACAACGACCCCACGGCCCCGCCCUAUGACUCCCUGCUGGUGUUUGACUAUGAGGGCAGUGGCUCCACGGCCGGCUCUGUCAGCUCCCUCAACUCCUCCAGCUCAGGAGACCAGGACUACGACUACCUCAACGACUGGGGCCCCCGCUUCAAGAAGCUGGCAGACCUCUACGGCGGGGGAGACGACUGA